UAUCUAGUGUUAUAACUUAGUGAUUUCUUUUAUUUUUUGUGUUUAAAAGAAAAACUCAUAAAUUCGAUCUUUUGUUCGUAUCACAGAAAUAUUGAAAACGUAAACCAUGGUAAAACUUACUACCGAAUUGAUACAAAAUUCAAUGCAAUACAUGAACCCAUGUAAAGACCGGGAAUUGGAUCUUAGAGGUUAUAAAAUUCCCCAAAUUGAAAACUUGGGUGCCACAUUAGAUCAAUUUGAUACAAUAGACUUUUCAGAUAAUGAUAUCAGAAAAUUGGAUGGUUUUCCUUUGCUUAAACGACUUAAAUGUCUAUUACUGAAUAACAACAGAGUUGUAAGAAUAAGUGAGAAUUUGGAACAAUAUAUACCAAACUUGGAGUCACUUAUAUUGACAAACAACAACAUUUCAGAACUUGGUGACUUGGAUCCAUUAGCUACUCUCCCAAAAUUAAGAACUCUCUCACUAAUGCAUAACCCAGUUGUAAAUAAGCAGCAUUACAGGGCAUAUCUUGCAUACAAAUUACCUGAUUUACGACUGUUAGACUUCAGAAAAAUUAAACAGAAAGAAAGAGAAGAGGCUAAUAAUUUGUUCAAGAGUAAAAAAGGGAAAGAAAUACAAAAAGAAAUUACAAGGAAAGCAAAAACAUUCAUACCCGGUGGUAAUAUGCCAGAUCCUAAAGUAACCAACCUAACCCCACAAGAAAUACACAAGAUCAGGGAAGCAAUUAAAAACGCAUCUUCUUUGCAAGAGGUUGAGAGGUUGACAAGGAUGUUACAAUCUGGACAAAUUCCUGGACAAAAACCAUUACAACCACAAACACAAACCAAUGGUCAACAAGAUGAUGAGGAGAUGGAAACAGAUCAAACUAAUGGACAGUAACAGGCAAGAUAUAUAAACUAAAAAGAACAGAUACUUUAAGUUGUAAAAGCAGAUACUACUUUUUAAUUUCUUGUAUUAAUAAUAUAUUUAAGAUAAACUAAGCUGGUAAGAACAGAAUAUGACUACACAUUAUUUUUCGAUUGUCUAAACAGACCACUCAACCAAUCUUCGGAAAAAGCCUUUCAAAUGUUACAUUUGAAAUCCUUAAAAAGAGAUGGUUCUUGUUUUGAUUUCCAAAGAUAUUGUUUACCCUAUGGUAAACCAUCUAUAUGGUUUGGUCAGACUUUCGAUGAUCAACCAAACAAUGAGAUCAUGUAAUUUAAAUAUGAUAUAUUUAGCUUAAGGCAGAUACUAUACUACAGUGACACUAAAUUCAGUCUGAAAUGAACAGAUGCUAAUAUAGGAGCAUAUAUACCUGAGUGUGAUAUGUCUCAUACCCAUAUCAGUUUGAUACAUGAAUGAAUAACAUUCAGUACUGUGUUCAAGGUGAACAUAAUAUACCUAUCUUAUUUAUUUAUUGUUUAUGGCACAAUAAAAUUUCUACAAAUAGGAAGCUUCAUUCCGUAUCAUAACUACAUUACUGAUCGCCAAAAUGUGAAGUGAUUACUACAUACUACUAAAUAAAAUGCAUUUUUCUUAUA